GGCAGUGGCGCUUGUUUUACGGCAGCUUGAACCGUUGCAGUGGAAGUAAACAUGUGGAGAGCUCAGUAAAAAUAUAAGAACGAUGGAGAACUACAGCAAAGCUCGGGUCGUGGAGCAACCGUCCGUCUGUCCGUUCUCUGGCCUCGCCUCCGACACACCGGAGGUUCGGGUUAAAGAUGGCAGCAAGAUCCGGAACCUGCUGCGCUUCGCCCUGAACCGCAUGGAGGCCAACCCCCGACGGGAGACGGAGGAGGGGGGCCGACCUGAAGGAGGACAACAGGAGGCGCCAGGUCGGCCGCUUUGCAAGCAGAUCAUCUUCACCGCCACUGGGAAAGGCGUGUCCAAAGCAAUCACAUGCGCGGAGGUGGUGAAGCGGCGAGUGAAGGGGCUCCACCAGGUCACCAAGCUGACCUACGGCACCGUGCAGGAGGUGUGGGAGCCUCUGGAGCCCGCAGGAGGCCUCGACAGCCUCACCGUCAGCAGGAACCUGCCCUCCAUCUGGAUCCUCCUCUCCAGGGAGCCGCUGGACGGCGACCAGCCGGGGUACCAGGCGCCCGGCCGCUACGAUGCCCUGUGGGCUCAGGCUGCCAGCAGGGAGGAGGGCGGGGGGUUCAUGGGACCACGAGCCGGACCCCGGAGGAAGAGAGGUGGAGGUGGAGGAGGAGGAGGAGGCAGAGGGAAAGGACCCAGCCGUCAACCUGGACGCCCCAGAGAGUCCACUAAAGGAUACAGUUAGAGGAGGGGACGUGAAGAGAUGCAGAUACUGAAGGUUUCAGCGUCUCGCCUGCUUUGAGGUCAAUGUUCAGGUUGAAGGAAGUCCAUCAGAUACUCAUGAUCUUUGUUCUGCUGCUUCAAACCAAGUUCAGUUUUUACUCC